GGGACAAGCAGUGGAGCUGGCUGCCCGGAGAGGCUGGGCAGUCUGCAUCGCUGGAGGUUUUUGAGAGCUGACUGGAUAAAGUCUGAAGCAACUCGCUCUGAGCUCAGACCUGAGCCUGCCUUGAGCUCUUGAGGUCCCUUCCAGCCUGAAGUAUUCUGUGGUUCCUUAUAGGAUAGAAAGCCUUAUGUUUAGUAUAUUUUACUUCAUUUCUGCUGCGGAUGAAAAAGCACGGAAUCACUUUUUUCUCUAAGUGCAGAAGCUUACUCUUACCAUGCAUAUCUACAAACCACCACCUAUUACUGCUUCAGAUUUCUCCACAAACUGCUUAAAUCCUCUCUCUGCUGGUCCUUUCUAGUGCUGUGUUCCAUGAUGCUGAGAGGAGUUGCUCACAGUGCAAAAGAUGCAUUCACACUGCUGUUGGCAAGAUCUUGGUACUGUAACCCUGGACUGAAUUUUUCAUCAUUACGGACUGAAGUAACAAACAGAAGCGUUCAACCUCAUUCCCAUUAUACAACUGAUAAAACAUCAAGAGAGGAAAAUAAAAAAGUAAUUGAGAGCCUCUACAGAUUAUCAGUUGAUAUUACGAAAAUACGCAGACUAAGGGAAUGGGUCCUUUUCCAGGAUGUGGCCUAUGUUAAAGAAAUUGCUAAUAUCUUACAAGAAAUGGGAGCAGAUGAGACUACGAUAGCCAGUAUUUUAGAACGUUGGCCAGAGGCAAUUCUUUGUAGCCCUGCAGAGAUAAAAUCUCAAAGAGCUCUGUGGCAAUUAGUAUGCCAGAAUGAAAAACAGCUGAUUAAAUUAAUAGAGCAAUUUCCAGAGUCUUUUUUUACUACUGAGUAUCAUGAGAAUCAGAAAGCAAAUAUUCUGUUUUUUCAAGAGCUGGGACUUAAGAAUAAUAUAAUCACUAGGUUCUUGACUAGCGCACCCAGUAUUUUUUACAAUCCUGUCGAGAAAAACAAACAUACAAUAAAGACAUUACAAAGAAGUUAUUUGAGUUUAGGAGGUUCUGAUGCAAAUAUGAAGAUUUGGAUACUGAAGUUAUUGAGCCAGAAUCCAUUUAUUUUAUUAAAUACUUCUAAUGCAGUCCAGGAGAACUUGGAAUUUCUCCAGAAGAAUGAUUUCACUAACCGUGAAAUUUUACAGCUGUUGUCCAAACUUAAAGGUUUUAUUUUUCAGCUUACUCCUACUACUAUGCAGGAAAGUAUGCUUUUUUCCAAAAGUGUCUUUAAGUGCAGUGAUCAAGAAUUAAAACAGCUAGUACUGAAAUGUCCAGCCCUUCUCUACUAUUCUCUUCCAAUUUUGGAAGAAAGAUUUGAGGGACUAUUGAAGGAAGGAAUUUCUAUAGAGCAGAUCAGAGAGACACCAACAGUGCUGGAGUUGACAACAGAGAUUGUUCAGUACAGAAUUAAAAAACUCUCUGCUUUAGGAUAUAAUAUAAAGAGUGGAACUCUAGAAACUUUGAAUGGUACUAAGAAAGAUUUUGAAGUCAGUUAUGGUAAGAUACAAUCAAAGAAGGAGAGACCAAUGUUUAAUCCUGUUGCUCCUGUAAACAUUGAAGACUAGUUUGAAUACUGUAUUUUAAAUUAUGCAAAAGAAAAUGAUCAAAGAAAAAACAGAGAUCUCGAUUCUUUGAUAAGAACUGAAACAAAAGUUACCUUAACUAGAUCGUAUUCUUACAUUGCACUUUGUCCUGGAAUGGGGUUUUAUGUGUAACUUGGUUAUAAAACUAUAGCUUUCUAACACUUUUAAAUAAUUUCAUAGAACCUGACUAUGAUGAAAACUGACUUGCUACCAUUUACAUAAAGACUUGAUGCCUCCCCAUCAGGGAUGACUUCACACAUGGGUUUUUUGGUUCUGUUCCAUUUCCUUAUUUAACUGGCUACUAGUUUUUCUGGAUUUUCAGCUCUAUCAUUGCACAGUCCAAUCUAUGACAUUGAUUAGUAUAAUCUCUGUUUGCAGAAAAGAGAAGAAGGAGAGUUAUUUAUCCAGUAAUGUUCGUCAACCCACUGGUAUACUCCCUUUUUAAAAUUCUCGUAGGGUUCUAUUUCUUAUCCCAGAUCCUGAACUGAAGCUGAUUUGACUUCCUGGAUGGGAAGACUACCUAGAGCACAGUCUGAGAACAGAGCAGGACAUUAUUUUUAAGUAGUGACUGCUACAGUGAGGCCCCUUUCUUUUUGUCUGCAAACUGUAACACUAAUAAAUUACAAAGAUAUUCUCCUUUAAA